AUGAGGACGGGUGUAAAGUACCUAACACUGAUAGUAAUCUCAGAACCAGAGUUAACAAUCACAGAAAGUACCUCUGAAGAUGAGUGUUUGAUUCUUGUAAGUGAUGGCUUGUGGGAUGUCUUCUCAAAUGAUUUGGCUUGUGAAGUGGCUCGCAAGUGCCUCCACGAGGAAGGUUCCUCCUCUACUGUGGCCAGAAUCCUCAAUGUGGAAACUCUGGAUGAAGAUACUGGGACAAAACAAGUGAACCAAUCGAGAUGCCCUCUUGUAGUUGCAUUACUCACUUGCCUUGCGCUGGGACAAAAGAGCUCAAAUAACAUUAGUGUCAUUGUCAUUGAUUUAAAAAUAGGUUCGGAUGAAAGGAAUUGGAGAGAUUCACUACCCAGUUCCAACUUUGAGGAGGAGAAACAGAAAGAUGUAAAGGUUUUAUAA